AUGGAUUUCGCGUUGGCGUGCGUGGUCAAGGCUAUCGUCGUCCUCAUGGUAGCAAUGGUGAUUAUUGGAGCGGCUCGCGCGGCCAUGGUUCACAGGACCAUCCAGAGUGACGACGGCGACGUGAUUGAUUGCGUGGACAUGUACCACCAGCCGGCGCUUAUCAAGCGCGCUCCACCUGAGAAGAACACAGAAAUACUUCAGGCGAAGCCGAGAACGAGCAUGAAAGCAAUGGCCGCCGCGGCGUCUGCGUCGAAACCGCCGGGCCGUCACCACCACCAGACGUGGCGAAAACACGGGAGGUGCCCGGCCGGCAGCGUCCGAAUCCUGAGGAACUCGAGUCGUGCCGCCGUCGUCCCGGAGGUCGCCGAGAUGGCACGCCGGGCCUCGCCGUUCGGACGCCCUGCUGCCAUCGGCGGCGGCAACGCCAGCUUCCAUCUCCUAACCUCCAUGGACACGUCCAACGGCAAAGUGGAGGUCGCCGCUGCAUACGCCACCAACGGACCGUACCUGGGCGCUCGAGCAGACGUGCCAUACUGGAAGGUUGACGUCCACCCCGACGAAUUCUCGAUGAACUACCUUUUGAUUGGCAAUACGCUGGAGGAUAAUUAUCACGGCGGUCGGCCACCUUCUACUCUUACCAACCAGAUUGCAGUUGGUCUCGUGACUGAUGGCGGAGCAAAGGUUAAUUGCUUCAAUCUGGAUUGUGGGGGGUUCCGUGUCAAGGAAAACAGCCCGUUCGCGCUUGCAGCUGCAUGGUCCAAUUUUGAUUCGCAGGUUGGCGGUGAAAGGCACGCUGUAACAGUUAGUAUACACAGGGAGCCCGAAGGAGAGAAGUGGUGGGUGUCGGUGAUGGACCAGGCCAUCGGCUACUACCCGGAGUCGGAGUUCAACACAGUGUUCACGGAGGCCGUGUACGUGGAGAUGGGCGGGCGGGUGCUGGACACGAGGCCCGGCGGCAAGCACACCAGCACCCCCAUGGGGAGCGGCAUGCUAGCGGGCUGCGGCGGGGCACGCUUCGCGGCCACCAUCAUGGAGUACCUCGGCAUCGCCUCCGACGGCACCCUCUUCAACGACCCUGCCACCAGCACCGUCACCACCACACCCAGCUGCUACGGCGCUACUCCCUUGGUGACUAGCAAGACGAGGCCCGGGCACUACGUCGCCUAUGGUGGGCCUGGUGGAAUCUACUGCGACCAGGCUGAUGAUAUAUGA